AUGGUGUUCCUCCGUAAACUCCUGGCUACAUCGGCCAAGGUGUCACGUUCAGCCACGCGGUCUAUGGCUACAUUUGACCGUACCAAACCUCACGUAAAUGUGGGAACAAUUGGCCACGUUGAUCAUGGUAAAACAACGCUCACAGCUGCUAUCACCAAGGUAUUAUCCGAAACGGGCGGAGCUGAAUUCACGAGCUAUGCUGACAUUGAUAAGGCUCCUGAGGAACGUGCUCGUGGUAUUACAAUCUCCACUGCUCAUGUCGAGUAUCAAACAGAGAAACGUCACUAUGCUCAUGUAGACUGCCCAGGUCAUGCAGACUAUGUAAAGAAUAUGAUUACGGGUGCAGCUCAGAUGGAUGGUGGAAUCUUAGUCGUUUCAGCUGGUGAUGGUCCAAUGCCUCAGACACGUGAGCACAUUUUAUUAGCUCGUCAAGUUGGUGUACCCGCUCUUGUGGUUUUUAUGAAUAAAGUAGACCAAGUCGAAGAUGAAGAACUUUUGGAACUUGUUGAGAUGGAAAUUCGAGAGCUUUUGGAAGCAUAUGAUUUUCCCGCUGAUGAUAUCCCAGUCGUACAAGGAUCAGCUUUAGCAGCUGUCGAAGGACGUGAUCAUACAAUUGGACGCGAUGCUGUACGUAAAUUAAUGGACGAAGUUGAUGCGUACAUUCCAGACCCCGUUCGUGAUUUUGAAAAACCAUUUUUAAUGCCUGUUGAAGAUGUUUUCUCGAUCUCAGGACGUGGAACAGUUGUAUCUGGACGAGUAGAACAGGGUGUUAUUAAUACGGGGGAUGAAGUGGAACUUGUGGGUAUCAAACCUAGCUCUAAAACGACGUGCACGGGUGUCGAAAUGUUUAAAAAGUCGCUAGAUCGUGGUCAAGCUGGUGAUAACGUUGGUUUACUUUUACGUGGUCUUAAGCGUGAUGAAGUGCUUCGUGGUCAAGUAUUGUGCAAACCAGGUACCAUAAAUCCUCACACGAAGUUUGAAGCGGAAGUUUACGUUCUUAAGAAAGAAGAAGGUGGACGCCACACCCCGUUUUUCAGUAAUUAUCGACCACAAUUUUUCUUCCGUACUGCUGAUGUUACGGGUAACAUUUUGCUUAAAGAGGGCACGGAGAUGGUUAUGCCUGGUGACAACACGGCUGUUAACAUUGAACUUAUUCAUCCUAUUGCUUUGGAUUUGGGGAUGAAAUUUAGCAUUCGUGAAGGUGGACGAACCAUUGGCGCUGGUGUAGUGUCCAAGGUCGAUGUUUAA